AUCAAAAAAUGGAUUUUCCAGGGAAGAACACUUCAGCAGUGCAUGAUUUGUUUCCAUAGAACUAGGGGGAGUUCCUCCAUCAAAAAAUGGAUUUUCAAGGGAAGAACACUUCACCAGUGCAUGAUUUUUUUGGGAUGCUUGAGCAACGCAUGGAUCCCACCUGAAUCUCCUCUCCAAGCGUUUUCCUGGGAUGGCAGCGUGAGAAUGAUUCCUGUGGAUCCAUCAGUGGCUGUCUGGAGUUGGAUCCCUCAGGAAUGAGAGCUCCAAGAGCUCUCCCAACUCCUGUGGCUCCUUCCAAGGUUGGGAAUUUCACCCAGAGCCUUCCCCGGGAGCUUCUGGGGCCCUCAGGAUUUUCUGGACCUUCCCUGAGGGUUCUUCCUUGGAAUGUUUGGGGCUGUUGUGCACCGGCUGUGACAUCAGAGCUGCUCCCGUGGGAACAGCUCCAGGGCCUGGUGUGGACACGGAGUGACCGGAGCCCACCAGGCUCAGACCACCCUGGAUUCCCAUGGAUCAGCCCCAGUAGAGGUUGGAGUUUUGGGGUUGGAUUUGGGGACUGCUCCAGGCCGGCAUGUGUUUGUAUAAAGUGAGGAUUGGACAGGGCCUCCAUGAGGAAUUGGGAAUUUGGGAUUUCCUCCGUUGUUUGGGAGAUUCCAGCAGUAAUUCCUGCUGGAAAUUUGGAGUUUGGUGGGAAAACGAAACUGGACCUGCUCCUUUUCCGGUGGGAAUCCAUCCAAAAUAAAUCCCAUAAAAAAUAAUGAUGGGAGUCUUCCAGAGAGGAGAGAAUUUCAUUCUGAAAUUGCUGAACACGCCCAAAACUGAUGGAAUUUGGGCAGAGUUGGAUUGGGUCCAAUGGAUCAGAACAUCCUCCUGUCCUGUUCAAAGAACAUUCCCGAUGGAAUUCCUGGAAUUCCCGCCCUGCUGGAUCCAGUAACACAUUGCUGUGUCUUUUUUUAGUAGUGCCUCCGGCUCCACGUCCGGGAGGAUUUUCCCAGGUGGAAGGAUUAGAUCUGGUGGGAUGUCAGAGACAUCCCGAAGGACCAUGGAAUGAUUCUGGGGGGUUCGGAGUGCUGAACCCAGACACGGAAACACCUGGAAGAUGGAGCAGAGCCCCAUCGUCGUGAUCCUGCUGUGCGCCCUGUGCAUUCCAGCGGUGCUUCCCUUGGAACCGGAGCCUCCCUCAGAACCAGGAUUGGACCUGAAUCUCCCGCCGGGCGCGGAGUCCAUCCCGCUGGGGCUGAAGCCCAUGGUGCUGGUGAACUCCACGCCCUGCAGCGUCACCUGCGGGCUGGGCGUGAAGCAGGAGCAGCUGUGCGAGGUCAGCCCGGCCGGGGAGCACCGCAACUGCUCCCUGGUGCGCUCGCGCUGCCUCAGCGAUUGGAUCUGCGGCCUCCGGCACCUCAGCGUUCCCGAGGGAAAACCCGUCCAGCUCACCUGCCUCUCUGCGGACGCCGCCAGCCUGGAGGGGCCGAAUUUCGGCUACACCUGGAGGUUCGCCCAGGGGCUCAUCACCACCAACGACCUCCUGUUCCAUCCCUUCCGCAAUCCCAGCCGUUCCCUGAGCUUCUCGCCGGCGCUGGAGUCGCAUUCCGGGACCUACCGCUGCGACGUGCAGGUGCUGAGCUCCUUCCAGCUCGUCAAGAGGAUCUACUUCGGCCUCAGGGUGAUCCCCAGCGAUCUGGUGGAUCUGGACUUCCAGAAAUCCCUGACUUGGGAGCAGCAGCUCUUGGCCAACGGGGAGGAAGUGCCGGAAAACGCCACGGGCCCCCCGGAGCAGCGGGAGAGUUUUUGGGAGAAGCAAUGGCUUUAUGAGGUCGCGCUGGGAAUUGGGAGCGGGGUGAUCGUGGGGAUGGUGUUCAGCCUCGGGCUCUGCUGCCUGGGCAGGAUUUGCAGGAGAAGAGCAGCACGAGAAAUGAACGGAGAUUGACGCAAUUCCCUGUCUUUGGCUCUUUGUUAACAUCCAGAAUUCAGGGUGGGAGUCUUGGGAUCAUCCAUUGUUGGAUCCUCCCCUUCCUACUCAGGACGUUCCAUGGAUUGAUCAAUAUUAUUGAAUAUUUUUGGCUGCUUUGGAGCCUGGAUUAAGAAUUCAGAAUGGGAUUCUUUGGGUCAUCCACAGCUGGAUUGUGGUGAUCCUUCCAACUCAGGACGUUCCAUGGAUCCCAUAACUAUUUAAUGGGAAUUUAGAAUUUAAUUGCAACAGACACAGUUUAUUAUUGAAUAUUUUUGGCUGCUUUGGAGCCUGGAUUAAGAAUUCAGGAAUUCAGAAUGGGAUUCUUUGGGUUAUCCACACUUGGAUUUUGGUGAUCCUUCCAACUCAGGACGUCCCAUGGAUCCCAUAACUAUUUAAUGGGAUAUUUAGAAUUUAUUUGCAACAGACACAGCUUAUUGUUGAAUAUUUUUGGCUGCUUUGGAGCCUGAAUUAAGAAUUCAGAAUGGGAUUCCUUUGGGUCAUCCACAGUUGGAUUUUGGUGAUCCUCCCCUUCCAACUCAGGACGUUCCAUGGAUCCCAUAAGUAUUUAAUGGGAUAUUUAGAAUUUAUUUGCAAAGGAAAAAGGUUAUAAAUUACUAUUUUC